GCCCGCGGGGCCGGGCCAGGAUGAGCCAUGGCAUCUAUCAAGGUGGCCGUGAGAGUCCGCCCCAUGAAUCGCAGGGAGAAGGACUUGGAAGCCAAGUUCAUUAUUCAAAUGGAGAAAAGCAAAACAACAAUCACAAAUUUAAAGAUACCGGAAGGCGGGACUGGGGAUUCAGGAAGAGAACGGACCAAAACCUUCACCUAUGACUUCUCCUUUUACUCUGCUGAUUCAAAAAGUGAGGAUUAUAUUUCACAAGAAAUGGUUUUCAAAACCCUUGGCACAGAUGUCGUGAAGUCUGCAUUUGAAGGUUAUAAUGCUUGCGUCUUUGCGUAUGGUCAGACUGGCUCUGGAAAAUCGUACACUAUGAUGGGAAAUUCUGAUGAUUCUGGCUUAAUACCUCGGAUAUGUGAAGGGCUUUUCAGUCAAAUAAAUGAAACCACCAGAUGGGAUGAAAGAUCUUUUCGAACUGAAGUCAGCUAUCUAGAAAUUUAUAAUGAGCGUGUGAGAGAUCUGCUUAGGCGGAAGUCAUCUAAAACUUUCAAUUUAAGAGUCCGUGAGCAUCCCAAAGAAGGACCUUACGUUGAAGAUUUAUCUAAACAUUUAGUACAGAAUUAUGGUGAUGUAGAAGAACUUAUGGAUGCAGGAAAUAUCAAUCGGACGACAGCAGCUACUGGAAUGAAUGAUGUCAGCAGCCGGUCUCAUGCCAUCUUCACUAUUAAAUUCACUCAGGCAAAAUUUGAUUCUGAAAUGCCCUGUGAAACUGUGAGUAAGAUCCAUCUAGUUGAUCUUGCGGGAAGUGAACGUGCGGAUGCCACUGGUGCCACUGGGGUUCGACUGAAAGAAGGGGGAAACAUCAAUAAAUCCCUCGUGACUCUAGGAAAUGUCAUUUCUGCCUUAGCUGAUUUAUCUCAGGAUGCAGCCAACCCUCUGGCAAAGAAGAAGCAAAUCUUUGUGCCUUACAGGGAUUCUGUCUUAACAUGGUUGUUAAAGGACAGCCUUGGAGGAAAUUCUAAAACUAUCAUGAUUGCCACCAUUUCACCUGCUGAUGUCAAUUAUGGAGAAACCCUAAGUACUCUUCGCUAUGCAAAUAGAGCCAAAAACAUCAUCAACAAGCCUACCAUUAAUGAGGAUGCCAACGUCAAACUCAUCCGCGAGCUCAGAGCUGAAAUAGCCAGACUGAAAAUGCUACUUGCUCAAGGGAACCAGAUUGCCUUCUUAGACUCCCCUACAGCUCUAAGUAUGGAAGAAAAACUUCAGCAGAAUGAAGCAAGAGUUCAAGAGUUGACCAAGGAAUGGACAAAUAAGUGGAAUGAAACUCAAAAUAUCUUGAAAGAGCGAACACUUGCUCUGAGGAAAGAAGGAAUUGGCGUUGUCCUAGACUCUGAACUACCCCAUUUGAUUGGCAUUGAUGAUGACCUUCUGAGUACUGGAAUCAUCUUGUAUCAUUUGAAGGAGGGCCAAACAUAUGUUGGUAGAGAAGAUGCUUCAACAGAACAGAAUAUUGUUCUUCAUGGUCUUGAUUUGGAGAGUGAACACUGCAUCUUUGAAAAUAUUGGAGGAACAGUGACUCUGAUACCCCUGAGUGGGUCUCAAUGCUCCGUGAAUGGUGUUCAAAUCAUGGAGGCAACACAUUUAAAUCAAGGUGCUGUGAUACUCUUGGGAAGGACGAAUAUGUUUCGUUUUAACCAUCCCAAGGAAGCAGCCACGCUCAGGGAGAAGAGGAAGAGUGGCCUCCUGUCCUCCUUCAGCCUGUCCAUGACUGACCUCUCCAAGUCCCGUGAGAAUCUCUCCGCUGUCAUGUUGUAUAACCCAGGUCUUUUCCCUAUAAAAGGACCCAUCUGUCUAAGACUGGAAUUUGAGAGGCAACAACGUGAAGAACUUGAAAAAUUAGAAAGUAAAAGGAAACUCAUAGAAGAAAUGGAAGAGAAGCAAAAAUCCGAUAAGGCUGAAUUGGAGCGGAUGCAGCAGGAAGUGGAGUCUCAGCGCAAGGAGACCGAAAUUGUACAGCGCCAGAUCCGCAAGCAGGAGGAGAGCCUUAAACGCCGGAGUUUCCAUAUUGAGAGCAAGCUGAAGGGUUUGCUCUUCGAGAAGGAAAGGUUUGAAGAGGAGAGGAUGAGCGAGCAGCAGGCAGGCGAGUUGCAGAAGAACAGCCCAGAGGAGGAAAGCUUUCUUGGUGCCCAAGAGCUCCAGUGGCUCCACGAACUCAACAACAGUAAGAGUGCUGAGACGGUUCCGCUGUUUCCGGAACUGGACUGGCUCGCAAAGGAGAAAGAUGAACAGUAUGCCAACCUGAAACGGGAAAAGAGGGGACUCGAGGAGCCAGAGGAGCAACUCAUGCGUGUGGCUCAUCUUGAUCUGCAGAUCCUAGAGACGCAGAAGGUGCCCCUGCCCCUGCAGCGAGGAGAGGCCCAGCGUGUGGAGGAGGAGAGGAGAGACCUGGAGCACAUCCGGGAGGCCUGCCUGCAGGCCAGGGAAGCACAGGUGGGAGGCAGCCAUGAAGCGGAAGCACUAGAAAAAGCUCAACUGCAUUUCUUAGAGUUGAAGAGGAGGCAACUAAUCAAGCUGGCAAACUUGGAGAAGGACUGGGCUCAUCAAAAAGACCUCCCGAAGAAAGAAGUUGAAGAAGAACAUGGCAUCCUAGAGCGUUUAAAGUGUGAAAAUGCGGAUGAGUUUAGGUUGUUGGGGACAAAUUAUGAUAAACUAAAACACGUCGCUCAGGUGGAUCAAGAGCCAGACAAAAUAAAGCCAGUGGAGUACAGGUUGCAGUAUAAAGAACGCCAGCUACAGUACCUCCUGCAAGACCCGCUGCCAGCCUUGUUGGAAGAGAAGCAGAGGGCCUUGGCAAUCCUUGACAGAGGCCCUCUUGGCUUAGCCAACACUCUGUAUCAGGUCGAAAAAGAGGUGGAAGAAAAGGACGAACAACUCGUGCAUUGCCAAGCUAGUGCAAGUGAGCUGCAGAAGCGGCAAGCUACAUUGGAAUUCAAUGCGAAGAUCACAAGGCAGGAAGAGAGAGUGAAAAAAAAGGAAAAGGAGGUUCUGGAAGGCCCAGAGAAGCAGCACAGAGAGGCUUGGGGGCAGGCAAUUGUCAAGCUGGAGAGGAGGCACGCAGCCUUGCAGAGCUCCUCCUCCUUGAACCUGGAGAGCGAAGAGCAGAAGCUGAAACGGUCUACACAGAACAGCAGCAGCAGUGUGCAGGCCGCACUCCGGGCCAGCUUGAAUGCUGAGCGGGAAGCCCUGCAGAAGGAUCGAGAGAGGCUGGAACAUGAGAUUCAGGAAUUGAAGCAAGAGAUUUAUGAUACUGAUGGCAUUCAGAAAUGGCCUGGUGGGACUUUGGAAAGAAGGAGGACUACUUCUGGCUUGCCCUCCAGUUAUGAAAAGUCUCAGGCUCAUCUGGGCCCCUUGAUGGAUGCCAGGAUCAGUGCUUACAUUGAAGAAGAAGUCCAAAGACGACUUCAGGAUUUACAUCGUGUGAUUGGUGAUGAUGGCAGUACAUCGGCGGAAGGCAUAAAGGAUAGCGAGAAACUUCACAAUGGCACCAUUCAACGGAAACUAAAAUAUGAGCGGAUGGUUUCUCGUUCUUUGGGAGCAAAGCCGUGUGAUCCGAAGGACCCAGUUAAAGUUAGUAUUCCACGCUACGUUCUCUGCGGACAAGGGAAGGACGAGCACUUCGAGUUUGAGGUCAAGAUUGCUGUCCUAGGUGAGACAUGGACCAUAUUUAGACGUUACAGUCGUUUUCGAGAAAUGCAUAAAACAUUGAAGUUAAAGUAUGCAGAGCUUGCUACCCUGGAAUUCCCCCCAAAGAAGCUAUUUGGAAACAAGGAUGAGCGUUUCAUUGCUGAGAGGAGAAGUCACUUAGAGAAAUACCUCAGGGACCUGUUCAGAGUGAUGCUUCAAUCUGCUACAUCUCCGCUACAUAUCAACAACGUGGGGCUGACUCUGUCGAAGUUCACGAUUUGUGAAUUCUCACCGUUCUUCAAGAAAGGAGUCUUCGACUAUAGCAGCCAUGGGACAGGGUAGCAGGAGCAAUGGAUCAACCACGGACGUAGUGCCUUCUCAUUGAGGCAGGGCUCCCUCUGAUACAGGAGCCGGGCCUGCCACAGCAGGUGUCCUGUCCCUUCUGAUGCUUGAGUUGGAGGGGGUGGGGGGGGUUGACCUUGACAAGCAUCUGCUACUGCUCCAUUGAAGCUCUAAAAUGACUUUUUUCCAAAGUGAUUACUACUCUUUGUGCAGUGGAGUCUGUACCCUAUUUAACCUAAGAAUAAUGUGGAUGAUCUCCAGGCCUCCCUAAGACAAGCCAACCCGGGCCCUCCAAAGCAGGUGACUUGCCAGGUGACCCUUAAAGGAUUUUUAUCUGGUUUCCUCUUUCACCAAAAUGCACUUUCAUUUUUUAUAGUUCUUCCAUGUAAGCUGCUAUAUCCCAAGAGACACAUUUCAAAUUAUUUAAUUGUAUCUUUUUUCCCUUGUUUAAAUCAGAAUUUCCUAUAAUAUAUAAACACUGAUGUUUACAUGGAAUUUCCUAUUCUGCAAAAGGGAUUCCCAAUCCAAUAAUGACUGGUGUCUUCCAUGCUUGACUGGAUAUAGGCAACAUGGCUAAAACCUUCUUUAAAUACUUAUGCAUAGGACAUUUGUAUAACCAUGAAUAUUUAAGAACCUUUUCUUAAUGUAAAUGACUAUUAUGCAUUCUCUAGCUUUCUCCACUAAGCACAAAAUGAGUACAUAGCCAAAUGCAUAGUUUUACACAUUAUUUUGUUCACAUUUUUUCUACAGAAACUACUAGAUUCUGUAGCAAACUGGAAUUUACAAUAGGUCAUUAAACCUUAAAUUACUCAGGACUUAAUGUAGUAUUGCACAUCUGUGUAUAGUAAAAUGGUAUUGUUUCGCUAAGAGAAAAAUCUGAGUAGAAAAAUAUGUAUGCUAUAUGUUGAAAUGUAUAUAAUUCUACUUGGAGAUUUAUAUAGGUACAUUUUCUGUAUAAUAAGUUGUGUCCAAAUGUUUAGUCAUUCACACCAAACUUAUUAAAGGUAUUUGCUAUUCCAAAAUUUAAA